AUGGAUUUGAACACCUUCGCUGAUUACUUCACCAGCAAUUUAGCCAUUUCGUGUCUUGUGUUCGAUAAUCGGGGAUUUGGCGAUAGCGACACUGGUCCUGGUCAAGUCCGACAAGAGAUCAUUCCUAGCAUUCAAAUUUCUGACAUUUCUGAUGCUAUUACUUAUGCACAGUCGAAACCUGAGGUCAAUGCAGACAAGAUAGCUAUUUGGGGAUCGUCGUAUAGCGGUGGUCAUGUUUUGCACGUAGGAGCAGUGGACAAGCGAGUUAAGGUUGUGUUGAGUCAGGUUCCAUGCGUAAAUGGGUACGACAACUUUAACAGGCUUGUUCGACCUGAUAUUGCCGAGCUUACCAACAAGCUCUUUACUCAAGAUCGUCUCGAUCGGCUGGCAGGAAAGCCGCCUGCUAUGGUGCCCGUCGUUGAUCAAGAUCCAAAAGCCACGUCGGCUUUACCAACUCCUGAUAGCUUUGUCUUCUUCUCCGCAUGGGCCAAAAAGUCCAAUUGGAAAAAUGAAGUGACUGUUCGAUCUCUUGAAGCUUUUAGAGCCUACGAUCCUUCUGCUAUGAUACACAGGAUCUCACCGACUCCAUUGCUCAUGACUGUGGCAGAGAACGAUGUCUUGACUCCUACGGAUCUAGCUCUGGCCGCAUUUGCAAAAGCAAAUGAGCCCAAAGAACUUCAUAUUCUACCUGGAGGCCAUUUCGACGGUUAUUCGGGAUUCAACUUUGAGCGUAACGCCGGUCGACAGGCUGAAUUCUUGAAGCGCUAUCUCCUGUCUUGAUGUAGUACCAGAAAUUGCAAGAAAUAAAUUGAUAUGAAGAGAUAAUCUGGACUGAACAAAAAUAGGGACGCGCUUCAAAUGUUUCGCAAUUCGUUGUUUGCUCCAAACAUUGGUCAAAAGGUGGCAUGCUGGUGGU